AUGAAAAACGAAAAAGAUUUAUCAAAAGAAGGUAGAGGAUCAAUGGAUCAUCGUGUUGCUGAAGUUGAUGGUGUUGAAUUAUGUGCAGUAAGGUGGUAUGAUAAUAAGGCUGUUAAUUGUUUGUCUACAUUGUACGGUUGUCAACCAGCCGACUCAGUUGAACGAUGGCCGUCAAAAGAAAAAAGUCACAUACAGGUUGUACGACCAAAUAUUGUAAAAGCAUAUAACCAGCACAUGGGUGGUGUUGAUUUGAUUGACAUGUUAGUUUCAUUGUAUCGAAUUAAUGGUCGUUCAAAAAAGUACUAUACUAAAAUUAUCUUUCAUCUUAUCGAUCUAUCAAUUGUAAAUGGUUGGCUAGUGUACCGCCGCCAUUGUUCACAACUUGAUAUUCAAAAAAGAGACACCAUGUCUUUAUUAUCAUUUCGUAUAACUGUUGCUGAAUCUAUGCUUAAAUCUGCACCACCUACACCUUCCACAAAACGUGGUCGUCCAUCUUUAGAUUCAACAUCAAAUGAAAAUAAUCAAACAACAACAUCACGAGCUGUACCAAAUUCAAUUCCACCAUCAAGUGUUCGACUCGACAAGUCAUCAUUGGCCUAUUCAUACUUCAAAAGGUCGUUGUCAAAAUUUUGGCUGUAUUGGUUAUACAAGAAUUUGUUGUUCGAAAUGCCAACUACGUCUAUGCUUGGAUGA